UGCCCCACAGCAGGUUGCUACGAGACUCUUGUCAAACAACAAUCUAGAAAAAAAGCGUAUCUGCCGGCGCAGGGACCCUGCGGCAGCUUCUCCAUGCUAUUGUACCGCCCACUCUCCUACCCGGUUCGUGUCGCUUCACCGGUUCGCGCGGCUUGACUUCUUUCAUUGCACGGAGAUGCUGGCUGGGUACAGAUACGUCUUUUUGGUGCUGCCGUUUGUUCUGCCACUGGGUGACCAGUCAGCAGUUGCGGGCUCAACGACCACCGAGGUGCUGUUCCGUUGCCCACCAUGCAGCGCUGAGCGUUUAGCCAGCUGCCCCACGCGUACUGUCUCCUGUUCAGAGAUAGUGCGCGAGCCGGGCUGUGGCUGCUGUGGGACGUGCGCACGGCGAGAGGGCGAGUCCUGUGGGGUGUACAGCGCCCGCUGUGAAUCUGGGCUUUGGUGCUACCCCGUGGCGGGCACUGAGCUGCCACUGCAGGCAUUAAUCCAGGGCCGGGGCAUCUGUGAGAAGAGAAAGGAUGUAGUGCUGGAGAUUGUUGCACCGGGAGCAAGCCAGGAUCCUAUCGCAGAAAAUACAGAGGAACACUUAAAAGGGAUUGCCGACACCCUGCCUGAAGGUGGACCUAUGAAUGGAGCCAAAACGUUCAUUAACAAAGCUCUUGCAUUGUUGAUUGGGAAGCAUGGUGAUCGCAGUAAGCAGUUGACAAAAGGCAAUCGAAACAAUCCAGAUGACUUCAAGAAGCUUAGGCAGACUCCCUGCCUGGAUGAGCUGAACAAAAUUUUAGAACGAAUCUCCAAGAUGAGGCUCAUCGAUGAUCGUGGACCUCUGGAGCAGCUGUACGCUCUGCAGAUUCCGAAUUGUGACAAACAAGGGCUGUACAAUGUUAAACAGUGCAAGAUGUCUCAGAAUGGGCAGCGUGGUGAAUGCAGAUGCGUGUAUCCUACAACUGGGAAGCAUAUUCCAGGUUCGCCUGUAGUGCAAGGGAAUCCCGAGUGCCACCGCUACUAUCAGGGACAACAAGCAAACUAAACCAUUCCCCUUCCUGCUGAACAGACAAUGCAACUGGUAGCAUAGAAUUUAGACAGCCAGAUUAGCCCCUGGUAGUGCUGAAUGUGAACAGACUCAAAAUAAUGCUUGUGCAGAGUGCAUAGUGUGCCCAUACAAUUUGGGUAAAUGGACCAAACUGGUGAUAUACCUGGACAAAACACAUUUAGUUACGGUUUGAGAAUCCAGAUAAACCUGACAGUAGCCUGAGCAGACUACUCUUAGGCAGUCAGACACAGCUACUAAUUCUAAAGUUUAUAUACAGUACCCAUUACAUGUAGCCAUGUGAAUAGAGAAUAAAUAAAAAAAAACUCAAUUGAAGUGUUUGAAAUGAUAAGAAGAAAGCUGGCGAUGUUUAAUUUGAACAGAUGGUCAAAACCAGCAUUAUGGUUUCAUUAGAGAGAGGAUAUAGGAAGCAGCACAAUAUGUUCCUGACAGACAGACAGGUAGACAGUUGUCUUAAGCUUCAGAUGAACAGAACAGAAAGACUUCUGAGAGGCUGGCAGGCAGUUUUUCAUUCUUGUGUGUAUGUUUGGGGAGCAGGGUACUUCAUGAACUUAGACCCUCAUGGUGUUGGAAGCACAGAUUUGUACUGAAAGGACAGCACUUACUAGAACAGGUUUUGUUUCACUUAAUGGUUAGUUUUCUUGAGCCUGGUCACAUUGCUUCCUAAUGACAGCACUUUUUUGUCUGAUGUAAUAGAAUUUACUGAUGAUGUAAUAGAAUUACUGAUGAUUUAACAAACUCUCCCCAGAGUAUAAUUCCUCUUUAGUUUUAAGCAGAAAAGAUUAUUGAUGCAAAGAUGUUCAUAGAUCUUUAGCAGGCAUCCCCUUUGACUUUUAUUUAAAAUGCCGUCUGGCUAAUGCAGCCAGUUUUUCACUAUAGGGAACAUAAGAUUGUUGAAUUCUGAUGUGGUUGCUCUUUUCCAGGGGUGCAACUGUUCUGCAGUAUUCUUUGAGUGAAUAAAAAGUGUUGACUUUAUUACAGAAAGUUAGCCAUUCCAAUCAGCUGCAAGGAAGAUUUAAGGCAGGAAGUCACAAAUGGACCUCUUACCUCAUUAUAGACUUUUAAAAGACAAAAAAAAGAACAGAAUUAAAGGAGUUUAAAUUCUGAAGCAAAAUGUUGUUGUUGUUACUUCCCCAUCCCCCCCUCCGUUGCCUGCCAGACAUUUGCCUCCCUUUGGCUAGUUGGCCCGUUUGUUCCCCCCUUUACCAAGGGUGACAGCCAAAUAAGGUAGCCUUUUAGGGUUUUUCCUAUGAUGUACCCUAACCCCCCCGCAGCGAUGCAUCCCUGAAACAUCCAAGGGGGGAUAGCAUGCAGUGGGCCCUCAUGAUCUGCAUACAUGCCACCUGCUUAUAAAAUGAAAUGGCCUGACUGCCUCUGUAAGCAGCAUCACCAUGUGAUCCCCAGUCUCCAGUGAAGAUUUAUCUUGGUAUGUGUGUGUAGGCACACCCCCAUCCCUUCCCCCUGAAAAGAGGUGGGCAGUUGUAAAAACACCAUUCCUGUAUUCCCUACAACAGCCCAAUAGAUGCCCAAGCUGCUGUCUGAACUUGGGUCAACUGGAUUGAGUAAGGGCUUUAUUCCUGUAUGUCAAAGGAGCUGCGUUCAGAAGCAAAAUGUUAACAGGUGCAUUAUCUUAAUUUCUUACAUAAAUACUGUAAAGAAGUUAGAAGGUAUAAGAUGUCAAUAUCAAUUCCUCAUUGGGCAUUGUGACUAUCGCACUUCAAUCCCCUAAAGUAUAAUGUUUGGUUAAAGACUAGCAAAAAUCAUCAUGGCUGAUGACUGCUGUUUGAGCAUCAUUAAUGAUAAGAUUAUACCCGUAUUAAUGCAUCUUGAUUCUUCUGCACACCAGCAGCCUCAGUUUUCAUAUUCCCCCAGUUAUUCCUUCAAGAUGCUACUGUUGUCUUUUCAGCAUUAUUGAAUUUUUUUUUCCUCAUAACUUUUUAUUGAAGUUUAUAAAUUGUGACUUGUAAAAAAAAAAAAAAAAAAAAAAUCAACAAUGAGUAUACAGAGUACGAUGCAAACUAUUACUAUUCUAAAUAUACGACUGGAAUGCUUAUUAAAAGAUUAGAUUGU